UAAUUGUUUAAGAAAAAAAACCAUAUUAUGGAGAAAAAUGUUACAGUCCGUUUAAUUAUAUGUUAUUGUUAUAAAAAUACCGAUUUUUAUCCGGCGCGUCCCAUGCGUCGCGUCACUCGACACUUGCUCGGUGUUAGCGUAAUAACAUGGUUCUCGACCCACCAAUCGCCUCAUUUAUGAAGCACAAAAAAUAUUUGAUCUCUCUUGGAAGAGUAUAGGUACUGUCAUUGUUAAUUUUUUUUUUUUAAAUAAUUUUAAUUCAAAAUAUAUAGGUACUGUAACAAUGUGCCCCUGGGCUGUAACAAUUUACAGUUUACAUUUGUUAUAGUUUGACAAGGUGACUAAAAAACAUCUACUUUAGUAUUAAAAAUGUACUUUUUCUGACUUUUUUUACUUAGACAGUUACCUAAGAAGUUACUUAAUACAAUGGUCUUACGUAAAUUAUGAUACUGAUCAAAGAAAAAAUAUUAAAAUUAUAUUUGUGAAAUCAUAACAACUAACCCUGCUCUCCCUUACCUAUAUCAAUGUGUCAUAGUGGUUUUAAAAAUCCAACAUUAAUCAUAAUGUGAUUAUCAUAUUUUAAAUUUGCAUCUAUAUUUAUAGAAAAUGGACCAAGGACAGCAAAUCAACCAAGAGCCUUUUGACCCUGCUGAUUUAUUUGAGUUUAGUGAUGAGGAAUUCCGACAAAUGAUUAAUUUACGAGAUUCUUUUGAUGUCCAAGAAGAAGUUGUUAUUGAAGAAUGCCCCAAGCAAGAUAUAUUCAUUCAAAGUUUUGACAUGAACUACUCUACUGUUUUUGACAUCAUAUUACAAACAGAAGCUGAAUAUAGGUCAUCAACUUCCAUUGUUGACAUACCAAUAUCUGAAGGUGAAGCAGCAUCAUAUUCCGUUAAUCCAUAUGAACUUUCUAGAUUUAACCAAAAAUCACAUAUUAUAAACCAUAUGCUUACCAAUCAUACUGAGCAUCCAUCCUGUUGUGUAUUAUGCAGUAAUCAUUAUAACCGUAAAUCAGAUUUAACCAAACAUAUGAAAAUACUUAAAGGUCCUAAUAAUGUAUCAGAUAGUUCACAGUUCACAGUUCCAAUACAUAGUCAGAGUAUUACAAAUGGUAAAGGUUCUGAAAAUAAAAGUGACACAUAUCAAGAACAAAAUACUAAAAAAGGCAAUGGCCGUGGAAAAAGUCGCAACACAAGAAAAGAUCCUUUAAUGGCUUUAAAAUUUUACUCAAAACCACAUACAUGUAACCCUUGUGGCAUAUCAUUUACAUAUAAAAAAGCACUAUUUAAACAUGCUCGUUUUCUUCACAAUCAUGACGAUGUAAAUAUUGUUGCUACACAAAAAUCAAAUUCAGAAAAACAUGAACUCACAAUAUUGGCCAAUUCUAAAUUCAAUAAAGUCUCUUCUUACUCUUGUGAUUUAUGCGAAGCAGUUUUUAACAGAUUUGAUUUUUUUAAACGUCAUCAGAGGUAAACAAUUCAGUUAUUAAU